UUUGUUUAGUACUUCAUACAUGCAUUGUUUUUUUUUUGAAAAUUUUUUCGUGGUGUCGCGCCCGUGGUUGCCGGUAUCUUUCCACGCUGCAAAUGGCGGCAUGCCUACUAGGCUACUACUGUACAAUAAAACAGCAGAGGAUUCCUCCUUCCCCUGCGCUGCGCCUGCUCGUUUCUUCUCUAGCGUUUGUUCCUUUGUCCCCUUUACAGUCCUGCUCCGUUUGUUCGCUUCCUAAAUCCUCCUCAGUUCCAGCAUCCCCCUGCUGAUUUAGCUACCAGUGUCCCGCUCGCUCGCGCCACUGAGCUUUGCGCGCUCUCAACCACUCCAGAUCACGCCCGCUGGUGCUGCAGCAGCGCCGGUGUCCAAGAAAUGAGCUUGCGGGGCGACCCGGCGGCCGCCGGGGACGAGACGGCGGAGGAGCUGCUGAAGCGUGUCCGGGGGAUGGUGCCGCCGGCGCUGGCGGCGGCGGGGCCGGCGGCCGGGUUCCCGGGCCGGUGGAAGGCGAUCGCCGCCAAGCUGGAGGCGCUCCCGGCGUGCCUGUCCGACCUGUCCAGCCACCCUUGCUUCGCCAAGAACGCGCUGUGCCGCGAGCUGCUGCAGUCCUUGGCCGCCACGCUCGCCGAGGCGGCCGACCUCGCGGGCCGGUGCCGGGGGCCGCCGCCGGACGGGAAGCUGCGGACGCAGAGCGCCAUCGACGCGCUCUCCGGGAAGCUGGACCUCAACCUCCGGGACUGCGCGCUGCUCGUCAGGACCGGCGUGCUGUCCGACGCCUCCGGCCCGUCGCCGCCGGCGGAGGCGCCGGCGCACGCGGACGUCCGGGAGCUGCUCGCGAGGCUGCAGAUCGGGCACACCGAGGCGAAGAACCGGGCCAUGGACGGGCUCCUCGAGGCGCUGCGCAACGACGAGAAGAGCGUGCUCUCCGUGCUCGGCCGCGCCAACGUCUCCGCGAUGGUGCAGCUGCUCACGGCGUCGGCGCCCGUGGUCCGGGAGAAGGCCGCCACGGUGAUAUGCCAGGUCGCGGAGUCGGGCAGCUGCGAGGGGCUGCUCGUGUCGGAGGGCGUCCUGCCGCCGCUCAUCAGGCUGGCCGAGUCCGGCAGCCUCGUCGGGCGCGAGAAGGCCGCAAUCACGCUGCAGCGCCUGUCCGCCGUCUCCCCUGACGUUGCGCGCGCGAUCGUCGGCCACGGCGGCGCCGGCCCACUCAUCGAGAUCUGCCAGACGGGGGACUCCAUCUCGCAGCCCGCCGCGGCCGGCGCGCUCAAGAACCUCUCGGCGGUGCCGGAGGUGCGGCAGGCCUUGGCCGACCAAGGAAUCGUCCGCGUCAUGGUCCACCUGCUGGACUGCGGCGCCGUGGCCGGCUCCAAGGAGCACGCCGCCGAGUGCCUGCAGAACCUGACGUCGAGCAACGACGGCUUGCGGCGCGCCGUGGUGUCCGAGGGCGGGCUGCGCAGCCUGCUGCUCUACCUGGACGGCCCGCCGCCGCCGGAGUCCGCGGUGGGCGCGCUCCGGAACCUCGUGGGCGCCGUGUCGCCCGACAGCCUGGUGUCGCUGGGCGUGCUGCCUCGGCUGGCCCACGUGCUGAGGGUGGGGUCGGUCGGCGCGCAGCAGGCGGCGGCGGCGGCGAUCUGCCGGAUGUCGAGCUCCGCGGAGAUGAAGCGCGUGGUCGGCGAGCACGGGUGCGUGCCGCUGCUGGUGCGGCUGCUGGAGGCCAAGUCGAACGCGGCGCGCGAGGUGGCGGCGCAGGCCCUGGCGAGCCUGGCGAGCUGGCCGCCCAACGCCCGGGAGGUGAGGAAGGACGACAAGGGCGUGCCGAGCCUGGUGCAGCUGCUGGACCCGAGCCCGGCGAACACGGCCAACAAGUACGCCAUCGGGUGCCUGCUGACGCUGGCGGCGAGCAAGCGGUGCAAGAAGCUGAUGAUCUCGCACGGCGCCAUCGGGUACCUGAAGAAGCUCUCCGACAUGGACGUCGCCGGCGCCAGGAAGCUGCUCGAGAGGCUGGAGCGCGGCAGCCUGCGCAGCCUCUUCAGUAGGAACUAGCGUAGUAGCGUAUAGCGGCUGUAAAAAUCUAAGCUUCACUCGUUGCUUAUAUGGUGAUGAUACCUUGGCAUUUUCUUUUGUUUUUGCUGUAACAUGUAUAAAAAUCAAGUCUAGUUUGACAGUUGACACACACAACACUGUCGAUGAAAUGGAGCUGUGCAGGUGUUCGUGUUAGAUUUAUAUAUGGAGCUGUAAAAUAGUAGCAAUUUUUUUUUCCUUUUGCGAAUGUUGGCUCUCGCAUGUACUACUUCAGAUAUCAGACGCCAUGUUUGAUCGAUGAUUUGACAACGUACAACGCCCUGGUACAUGUGAGCUCCAUU